GCUUGUAGGGGCUUUUUGCCAUGUGAGGAGAGAGAUGUAUCGCUUUAUGAUGGACGUCAAGUAGUCGUUAUCAGCUACGCUAGGCACAAUGGCAUCUAUGUCAGUUUUUCCGGACGAUAUGGAACCUCCUGAACCACCUAUUCGCUCUUCGAGCACCUUACGCGCUGGCGCUGUUCCCACCAAACCACUUCCUGAUAUCCCCAAGAAGAAUCAAAAUAGGCUCCGUCUUUUUCGGUUACCCAAGCUCUCUAAUGAUCCGAAAAUAUCCUCACCUACCUGCGUCACUCACGAUAUCCACGUUGUUUUUGAUGCGAACACCGGGGAAUUCCGAGGCAUGCCCGAUGAGUGGCUGCAAUGGCUACGAGCCGCAGACAUCUCGGUGCGCGAACGCGAACGCAAUCCAGAGCUGGUCAUUGAUGUCUUGCAGUGCUAUGACGCUGCCACUCAACACGCACGCCGUCAAAAAUUCAUCACCACCAACCACCUUGACCCCAUGGCGACCAAAAAUCAUCACUCAUUGGCAAGCGUGACCGGUUUCCCUGUCCACUCAGGUGAUAGACCUACGAGAUUCAACUCGACCUCCCCCUCCUCUUUAAAUGCGAGCUUGAACCACCAGCCAACUGGGUGUCUGCCGCGACGCAGUUUACUCCAACCGGCUCCACCCCCAGUCCCUCCUCAUUCUACGAAACAUGCCCUGGUACCACCAGAGCCUUCGUUACAGCCAGUGAAUCUAUCACCGACUGAUUCCACCGGAGCAUCUGCCACGUCAAAUUCGCUCUCCUGUGGCGGAUUGUCAGAUAGAAAAUCUCAGAGCAUUUGUUGUUCUCUGGCACCAGAUGAUUUUAUUGACUGUGGAUCAGUUGGCAGCUUCUCUAAUGUUUACUAUGAAAGUAGCAGUGCAAUUUCCGGUCAAGGGGCUGGAAGCGCUGACGAGCGAGAUUCUGGGACAAGCGUUUUGUUGGCAUCAACGGCUGCAGGAAUUAUCGUAGAGGAACCCUAUGGUGUUGAGGAGCUGCUAACAGACACCAAACACCGGCGGUUGCAGCAAACAAGACGAAAUUCGACGGCAUCGAUUCGUUUCAACACUGUGGGCCGCGCGGCAAACAUCGAAAUGGAACGUCAUAAGCAUCCUCAAGAUGAAGUGGUCCUCCGUCGUCAUUUUAGCGAUUGCUGCAUCAGCGAGGCUGCCUUCGUCGCCAGCAGGAGCAGCUCUGCGUGCGCCUCCGGCGAGCUAGUUCGGGUUCAACUCGCCGUUCCUGAAGUUGACGACGAACUGUCUGCCAACUUUGCGUCUCAGACUAAUACCAACCUUAGUUGUGUCGACGAGCAUGCAUCACAACCUACAGAAAGUAGUCUGUGCGUUCCUUUUGUGCAAAUCACUUCUCCGCAUAUGAGUACGAGUCCAGAAGGCUCCUCUAGUCCUCCUUAUUCGGAAGAUACCUCAUGCACUACAAACCUUCGGGGAAGACCUGCGACGCGAUCCUCUCCUCGUGCACAGAAGCGGUCGAAGCGCUCUGUGGCCCAUCCAGGCAGAGAAUCUUCGACUAGUUUGGCCGCUGGCGACUUUACUCCCUUUGCUCCCGAUUCACCAAGUGGCGACAAGAUAAGUCCAUCUCCUGCUUGCGCGCCAAUUGGGAUUUGGGAUUUCGACGUUCCGUAUUUGUUGAGAACGCCGAAUGGAAACAACCGGCAUUCUCCCAACUACCGCCGCAUGCUGCGUUUGCGCGACGAACAGAUAAUCGCACGGUUGCGCUCAGUCGUGUCACCGGGCAAACUAUCAAGCAAAUACGAGACUUUGGGUUGCAUCGGACACGGUGCCACUGGGAUUGUUCACAUUGGCCGAGAAUUAACCACCCACUGUCGUGUGGCUAUCAAACAAAUGAACUUGCGAAAGCAGCCCAAAAAGGAAUUGAUUUUGAACGAAAUUAUGGUUAUGCGUGCGUAUCGCAACCCGAAUAUCGUCAACUAUCUGGACAGUUAUCUGCUUGGCGAUGAACUUUGGGUGGUGAUGGAGUACCUAGAUGGUGGCUCCCUCACCGACAUCUUGACUGAGACUUGCAUGUCCGAGUCACACAUCGCCACAGUAUGCAGGGAGGUGCUGCAAGCUUUGGAAUUUCUCCACACCAAAGAAGUGAUUCACAGAGACAUAAAGUCCGAUAACAUCCUACUCGGUUUGGAUGGUUCCGUCAAGCUGACUGAUUUCGGGUUCUGUGCCCAGCUAAACGCGAAUCAUGGAGGCAAACGUGACACAAUGGUCGGAACUCCUUACUGGAUGGCACCUGAAGUAGUGAGCCGAAAACAGUAUGGCACCAAGGUGGAUAUUUGGUCUCUUGGUAUAAUGACCCUGGAGAUGAUUGAAGGAGAACCUCCGUAUUUAAGCGAGAACCCUUUGAAGGCACUCUAUCUAAUAGCCACUAACGGCAAGCCGGCUUUCUGUAAAGAUUCCAUCGGGAUAAAUUUACUGGACUUCUUGGAUCAAUGUCUUGAGGUGGAUGUGUCCAAGCGAGCUACCGCUUCUAGUUUACUCCUACAUCCUCUGGUUACGCAGGAGAGCAAACCUGUGCACUCCCUUAUCCCUUUGAUCCUAUUGGCUCGGGAACAGAUUCGUGCCGCAGUAUCGUGAUCGCGCAGAGUCGACAAGCGCCAUCCCCGAAUUUUUGUCUCUUAAUCUUUGUGUUUGCUUUCUUCAGUUGGGCUUUUUUGACUUUUCUUUACCUUAUCUUUCACCCCUACAUUCCUGAUCUGAUCCUCAAUGACGCACUUAUGCGUCCUAUUUGCCCUGCACUUGAUUGCUUAGCGAGAUUAUGAAUCGUGUCUUAUUUUCCCCUGAGCUCUGUAUUAUCACACUGCAUUUUGUCCACAAGCAUAAUAUUAUCAACGACGAUAUAAAUAAUGGUGAUAUUGUCCUUGUGAUUUAUAGUAAUUACAGCUACCCACUAUUUAUUCAGCCGGUUGGUACUGAGUCAGCUUUACUCUACAGGUGGUUUCCACUUGUGCAAUUGACGAAGACGCCAGUGAUGUCUCGUCGACAAUGUGGGACCCAGUUUUCAACCGCAGCCAAUAUUUCGUUAGGCGAAUUUUCUGACCUCCGGGCCGUCUGAAUCAUAUUAGCUGCAUUUAGACUAGUAUCAUAACUCACUAGAUCACAGAGCACAUCGCACUCGGACGAACUUCUAUUAUUUGCGCCGGAUGGGCUAUUCACACCUGAAGACUCAGCACCCCUAUUCCCAUCCAGCUCCACAUUCCCGCCUAAUAACACGUUUUACCUGUAUUGGACGUUGCACAUCCAGACGAUUACCCCUAUUCGUUUACUCUAUUCGCAUGAAUUUUAUGUCUUAAUGCCAAACAUUUUUACCUGAAAUAUCCUGCCCAUGCUUCUACUGUUCCAUUAACUUUUUCCGCCCACUGCCCGCAUGUUGCGAGCUUAGCCUUGAGUUGCACCUUGUACAUUUUCCUGUCCAUUAGAAC